GUGGAGCGCGCAGCGGGAGGCGCAGGUCAGGCAAACACUCGGCUCAUCCUGAGCUAUCUAGACCGCAGGGAUUUUUACCAUGAUGCCAUCAGAAGGAAACGGGGAAUAAACGCAUAAGUUGGAAUAUUUUUUUUUUCAUUAUUGAUUUUCUUUUAAUUUUUUAUGUGUCUCGGGCUAUUUUCUUCUCUAAUUUUUAUUUUUAAUGUCGAUGAAUAGAGAACAUUCCAAACAAAUAUACUUUUCUCAUACUUAAUCCGUCCCUCCCUUUACUUUCCCUCCCGUUAUUAAUCAAAAUCAUCCCGCGUAAAGGACUGAUGGACAUGUGGUGGAAAUUAGGGCUCGUACUGGUGAUGUGUUGGGGUCUCACGAGCAGUGAAGCCCGGGAGGAGCACCAUGAAGCGUCUCCGCUCACCGCGAUGUCCAGAGCGCCAUUGGACUUUGGAUUCGUUCCGUCGGUGGUGUACGAAACCCACGCGUAUUAUGAACCGGGUCCCAUCGGUGUUCUUUUCCACAUGGUCCACGCGUUUCUGUACGUGGUUCAACCCAACCCUUUCCCCAAAGAUCUCAUUGUUACGAUGGUCCAGCAGAACAUGGGAGGAAUCAAAGGGAAUGAUUACAAGAAGCCAGAGAAUGUUGUAUUACUACUACAGGCUAUCUACUAUGAGCUCGGCUUCAUAGUCCUGACAGUACUGGGAGUGUUGUUUUUGCUGUUCAUGCCAAUAGUGGGUCUGUUUUUCUGUGUGUGCCGAUGUUGUGAGAACUGUGGGGGUGAGAUGCAUCAGAGACAGAAGAAGAACGGCGACUGCUUACGAGGCUUCUACAUGGCCACGCUCAUCGCUACCUCUGUCUUCCUCGCAGUGGGGGUGACGAUCACCUACGCAGCAAACCAGAACAUCACAUCUCAGAUCAAGAGCACCAGACGUCUCGUCAGUACUAACAUAAGAGACCUGAAAUCUUUUGCCAACUACACACCAGCGCAAAUAGAUUACAUGACUGCGCAGUACACAACAGCCAAGAACAGAGUAUUAUCAGACUUAGACAAUAUUGGGACUCUGCUGGGUGGACAGAUUCAUAAUCAGCUGGAGAGAGAAGUAGUACCUGCUUUAGACAACGCUCUUCGCAUGACAUCAGUUAAAGUGGAAGGUGCUAUUAAAGCCAUGCGGGAGGCCAAAGAGGCAUUAGAGAGUGUGACCACAUCACUGGAGAUCCUACAGGAAGGGACUGGCAGACUCCAGAACUCUCUUCAAUCUGAACGUGCGUCUCUCUCAAACACACUCAACGACCAGGCCUGCUCUAAUGGAGACGUAACACACACCUGCAGCACCAUCCGCGGAACACUCAGCCAGCUCGCUCUCAGUGCAAACUUUAUUGGGUUGCCUGAGGUUGAAGCGCCUUUGGCCAAUCUGGACGCUGUGCUUGAAACGGACCUCAGCAAUAUUGUACAGAAGGGAUACGCUUCCUUUAAUGACACACCAAGGAUGGUCAGGGAACAGACAAAAGGAAUUGUGUCGGCUCUACCCAAAGUGAAAGGGCUGCUGGAUAAGACAUGUGGAGAGAUAAUUGGUUUCACAAAGAUGUUCCCAUUAGAACCAGCACUUGAGAACUUCACAAAGUUCCUGACAGAGAGCCAGAAGAACAUUGAGACUUACUACCCCCAGAUCGACCAGCUGGACUUCUACAGAUGGAUAGGGUGUGUAGUGAUCUGCUGUAUGGUUGUGCUGGUUCUGGCCUUUAAUUUCCUGGGUUUGCUGUGUGGAUCAUGUGGCUAUGAUAAAAAUGCCACUCCCACCACACGUGGAUGUCUGUCCAACACUGGAGGAAACCUGCUGAUGGCCUCUGUGGGCUUCAGCUUCAUCUUCUCUUGGGUGCUCAUGGGAGUUGUAGUUACCACAUUUGUUGUUGGAGGAAACAUAGAGAAGCUUUUGUGUGAGCCGCUGGCUAACAGACAGAUUUUUAAGAUUAUUGACACACCAUACAUGGUCCAUCCUGCCAAAAAGAACGUCCUUCCUGGCAUGCUGUUUCAAGAUCCCAACAUCGACCUUACUAUCGGCAGUAUGUACAGAGAUUGUUAUGAGAAUAGUGGUUUAUAUUCAGCAUUACAACUGGAGACCAAGUUCAACUUCAACAAGUUUCUCAAUGCCACAGUGUAUAACCUGGAAAUUGCCAAGGUAUUUAAUAGCGUGAAUGUGGAUCUCCAGGGAAUGCUUCUUCUGGAACAGGAGGGCAAAGAUAACCUCAUCGACUUCGCCAACACAGGCAUUGGAGAAAUCGACUAUCAGGCUUAUCUGACUGAGGUGAAUAAAGGAGUGACGGUUGUGGAUCUUUUGUCCUACGCAAAUGAACUUGAAGCUCAAGCAGACCAACUGCGACGUGGGGCUCUUGAGAAUGCGCUCAAGGGUCAUGCCAGCAGUAUCAGACAGAUCCACAAAGAUCAAGUGGUGCCAAUGGAGCAGGCUAUGAAAUUUGUGAAAGCAAGGGGCACUCUAAGUCAAAGCAUCAAACUGCUUCAGAAAACCUCCAGAGAACUACCCAUUAAAGUGACAAAUGUCCUGAAUGCCAUCGAGGCAGCAGAGUAUCUCAUCUCCAACAAUGUCUCUCAUGUGGUCAAACAGGAGACUGAAAAAUUCAUUAAGAACAUUGUGGGAUACUUUUCACAAUAUACAGUGUGGGCCAAGCACUCACUGGAAAAGGAGGUUGCCCAGUGCAAGCCCAUCAGCAACAUUGUGGACUCGCUAGAGAUCGUAGCCUGCAGCUUCAUUGUUGACUCAGUGAACACUUUCUGGUUUGGUCUGGGAGGAUGCUGUAUUUUACUCAUUCCCAGCAUUAUCAUGUCAGUAAAACUUGCCAAAUUCUAUCGCAGGAUGGACACUGAGGACGUCUAUGAUGAUAGUGUGGAUGUUGUUGUCAGUGGUUAUCAUAAUGAGCCUUUAUAUGGCAUAAACAACCCCGUGAUGAGCAGCUAUCCAUCCUAUGACACAAUGAGGUGGUAUCCUCGGGCCUCUGCCCCCCCGAGACAGCCUGACUGGUGACACAAAUUUACACACACAUACACUUUCCCCAGGGGUAUGCAACCGUACAUGCAGCCUACAGUGGUGGUGAAAACUGGAGCUAAAUAGAUUUUAGCAAGGGAUUGUCUUUGUCAGAUUCCGAGGAAGACAAAGAAGACAGGAAAAAAGGGAAAAUAUGUAUUCCGGUUUCUAACAAUAAAACAUACUCAGACCUUAACUGAAGAAUAUACUCAAGCAAAUUCUACAUACAAUUCAUCAUACAGUACAUGGUAAACAGCAAGAUGUUCUUUUUUUUACACUUUCAAUACGUUUUUGAAAGUUUUGUAUACAUUUUGUUAAUAUCUUAUUUUAUAAAAUAUGUCCUUUAGACAUAAUUGUGGGUACAUCUAGAUUUUGUACAGGUCUUUUUAACAUUUUAAGGCGAUUUAAAGGGGCAGAAAGGUCUGUGAUAUCAGUCUGUGCACUGUGGUAUUUUAUCGAUGGUUUUUGAUUAUGAAACCAUGAAAUGGUUUUUCUGAACCAAACAUCCAGAAGUACUUCAUUUAUCAAGUUAUCUUUUCUGUUCUUUAGUGAAAGUUACUUUUUUCUACAUUUUAUUGUUCAAUGAAUGAAUCAAGUAUUAGUUUCAGAAUUGUUUCUUAGUACAAGAAAAACAAUUUGCAAAAAGAAUGUUAAAUGCACUGGAAAAGACUCAAUGUCUAUAAAGAUAAAUUAUCGGAAGCCAAUGUCCUAAAAGACUGGUUGAUCCUGUUUGUUUGAAAUGUCAGUACUUUUGAUACAAGACAACUACACAACUAAAAACAAAGGUAAAUGUGUAUUUCUGUGUCCUUGUUACACGUUGCAUGUACUUACUGUAGUAAUAAUAACAGUAAAUGAUGCAUAAUUACAUGCAGCUAACCAUAAACCCAAUCCUACUCUGAACCUUAACCCUAUAGUAAGUACAUGUUGUUAAUUAUUAUUACUUACUUAAAAUAUUUAAAUACAGUACUAAAUCACACUGUAACAAGGGCACCUUAAAAUAGAAUAACCAAAACAAAUGACUAUUAUAGAACAGAUAAUCCUGAGUAAAGAUUUUGUGUUUCUGUUGUAUUUCUGUUUUCUUCUUUUGAGUGUCUUACAUAUUGUCGUGUGUCCACAACAAAAUAAUGACGAUAGUUUUAAAUGUCCAGUGUGUGCAAUUUUUAAUUUUUUAAAAUUCUCAGUACAGAAUCCAGUGGUCAUACACUUCUACAUAGUGCCCAAUGGUACAAACCAAAUAUUUUUUUCUUAUAUUCCAAAAGGGUUUGUGAAUAAAAUUUAAACUGUGAAGUUCCAAAUCUGUUACAUCUAUUACUGAUUUUCACAAACCCUAACGUCUCUCUCAUGUCCUUUGGAAGUGGUAAAGAAUAGAUUUUACAACAAAUGCAAUAAUGUUGUAUCAAACUGACCAGAUCUCCAAUGUAUUUUAGCAGUUAAUUCAGUUCAUUUAAUAACAAAAUGUGAGAAUAAUGGUUAUAUUGUAACAGUUAUCAAUAUAAUCAAUUUAACAAUGUGUGCAAAUAAUAGUUUUAUGACCAUGCAUUUACAAAGAAUAUUUAUACAUAUGAAAGCUUUCAUCAGGAACUAUCUAUUCACUCUUUUUAAACACAACAUACAAACAUAGAAUAGCUAAUGAAAGAAGACUGUCAGGAACAGUUUGUUGUAUCUUUUUGUCUUUUUCCAUUAGUGUCCAUUAAAUAUGACUGUUCA